AUGGAUGGAAAAAGGAGAUUGGCCAUGACCCACCACACGGGCCCAUUGCGGAUUGGUGGGUGCUAACGACUGCAGAUGCAACCAGGACCAACGUGCUUAACGUGCCUUCCGAAGCACGGAGGAGCUCGAGAUAGUACGUUUUUGGUCACCCAUCCAAUGACAGGCCACUGUGAAAGUUGCUUAACUUCAACAAUCGCAGCCGUAAGCGCUCACCACUUGCUUCACCGAGCUCCUUGGAAUAAAGGUUUUAUUAGUAAAAGUAUGUUUGACUGAUCUAUAAGUUUUAUUUUACAGGCAACUCAUCACCCCAGUUACUUGAACGAGCGCACCUGUACGUAGUCUGGUCAUAUUUGCCCUUUGAAAAUAUAAUCUCUUUCAGUUCACCCUGUGCUGUACAUAAUCUGCAA